AUGUCUUUUUUCAUUAAGAGUGUGGUGGGGAACCCGCUGAAAGGUAUGGGCGUGGGUAGAGGGGAGGAGAAGGCAGACCAGGAGACGUCCACAGACCCAGCGGCUGCGGUGGGCAUGACCAGAGAGGAGUGCGAGGACUACCAGAGGCAGCUAGUGGAGGAGAAGAUACAGAGAGAUGCAGACUUCUUACACAAGAAGGCAGAGCGAGCGACCCUAAGAGUUUGUCUCAGGGAGAAAUACAGGCUACCCAAGAGUGAGCAGGAUGAGAACAUGAUCCAGAUGGCUGGUGAUGACGUGGACAUCCCCGAGGAACUGCUGAAGAUGGUGGAGGAGGAUGCCACAGAAGAGGAGGAGAAGGACUCCAUCCUGGGUCACCUCCAGAACCUGCAGAACAUGGACAUUGAGCAGAUGAGAGAGAAAGCAUCUGCAACCCUCACCGAGAUGAAGAGCAAAGCAGAGGAGAGGUGCUCUGUCAUGUAG